AUGAAAAGCUCCAUAUUGAUUGGCGUUGCUAUAACAGGCUGGAUGAGAGCCUUACCCUCCGUAGCGGCCCAAUGUUCCACCAUCGAGGACGUUAGCCUCACGUUCUACAGCUGGCCAGAUAAUGGUCCCCCUCCCGGACCGGACAAUACGUUCGAUUGCGGCCGCGGGAAAGGACUAGAAGAUGGCAAACCUAUCGCGGGAGUGGAUUGGCACGUACGCAGAUCCUAUUACUUUCGCAACGGCCACCGACAACAAGAACCUCCUACAAUGUGGCAUUGUCUACGUUCCGCUUCUACGCAAGUACUUCCGCAAUGA